AUGCACAAAGGAGAUGAACAGCAACCACCUCCAACGGCAGACCCCCAAGAAAGGAAUGAACGUCGUACACAGCCACCAAGUCACUCAAAUGCGGAACCAUCUACUUCUUAUCAGGACCGAUCUGCACCAGUGAAGCAACCAUCUUACAAUCAACAGCGACCGCAGCAGCAGCAGCACAAUGAAGCUAACAAGAAGUUGGGAAAAGUGACGAAGAACACAAGCCGGAGGAACGGAUGGGGCAACUUGAGUUACGCGGAAUUGAUAACUAAGGCCAUAUUAUCUUCGGAAGACCAACGACUCACUCUUUCAGAAAUUUAUGACUAUUUGAUCAGAACGAUUCCGUACUUCGCUGAGAGGAGUAGCCCGUCUGCCUCUGCAGGUUGGAAGAAUUCUAUCAGACACAAUCUAUCGCUGCAUAAUCGCUUUCAACGCACGCACAACGAGAAUUCCAGCAAGUCCUCUUGGUGGAGCAUAAACUUUAACGAAAUGAGUGGAAAGAGUAACCGCAAGCGGGGCACCAACCCCGAGAAGAAGCGCGGAAAAAAAGGCGAACCUAAUCCAGUUUCUCGAUCACGCACAGUGCAGAUGAGCAACCCACAGAGAGUUCCACGGAACUGCUAUCCACCUCCAGAGGACAUAGUCAUCCCUAGAUCAACGCAGACAUCUGUCGGAAACAACUUUGGAAUCCAGAAUCAACUGCCGCACUAUGAAAACAACGCAUACUACCCAAAUUCACAUUUCAACAAUGGUGGUGGAGAAAUGAAUUAUCAGCAACCUCCGCAACCUCCCGGAAUAUACGCGCAGCAAAUUCAACCUCCACGAGAGCAGAUGCCAAUGCAGAAUCAUUUAAUAUCAGAGUUGCCAGGGCAGAGACAGAUACCAAUGACGCAACCCGGAAUGCCCUUUCAACAGCAGGAGUAUCUACAGAUGGCACCGCUGCAAAAUCCACCUAUGGAGCAGCAGUACUUUUCAUCGGCACCUAAUAUCUACUCGCAGGAAGAUGGUACUUUUGAACAGUAUCCGCCAAACUAUUGUACAAUACACGGAAAUCAUGGUUUUUGUAAUGAUUGCAACGAGCCGCAGCCGUUGCCCGAAAGCAAUUUGUCCAAUGUUGAUGAAAUUAGAUAUGUGUAUGGACCUCCGAAUAAUGAAGAUAUUGCAAAUUACCAAAAUUACGAUGGUGCAAUUCAACACUUUGCGGAAAUUUCCAAUGCCGAUGAUCCAUCCACCAAUACACCAAAUCAAGAUGAGAAUGACCUCCCUGAUGAAGCUGGUCCUUCUAACAAACGUCCCGAAGCAUAA